UCCCUCAACAUGUUGAAGUUUAAAGAAGAAUCUUUGGGGCUGGGAUUUCGGAGAAAAAUUGUAGCAAAUAAAAGCAGAAAGAUUGCUCCUCCCGCUCGCUAGUAUGGAUGUCGCCCCCCUGAAGAAUGGGAGCUGCAGGAAGAAACCCUCCAUUCACCUUAGUUGUCUCUUGAGUGAAGAGAUUCAGUUGAGAUGGAGAGCAACGUGUUCUCUGGAAACUGUACUGAUCCCCAGAUGUCCUUUCAGUCCACCCUGUAUGCAACCACUUACACCAUCAUAUUCGUGCCCGGGCUUCUGGCAAACAGCGCUGCCUUGUGGGUUUUAUGUCGCUUCAUCAGCAAGAAGAGCAAAGCUGUGAUUUUCAUGAUCAACUUGGCUGUGGCCGACCUGGCUCACGUUCUCUCCCUGCCACUGCGAAUGUAUUACUAUAUAAACCAUAUGUGGCCCUUUGGAAGUUUUCUUUGCCAGGCGUGUUUCUACCUGAAGUACCUCAACAUGUACGCGAGCAUUUGUUUCCUCACCUGCAUCAGCAUCCAGCGCUACCUCUUCCUGUACCACCCGUUCAAGGCCAAGGACUGGAAGCGGCGGUACGACGUGGCCAUCAGCGCCGCGGUGUGGCUGUUCGUCGGGGCGGCUUGCUUACCGCUGCCCAUCGUGAGGAGCCCAGCCUUAUCCAACACCACAAACACAUGCUUCUCAGACCUAGGUGUGAAGCAAAUGACACCAGGGGCCUCCAUCGCUUUGGUGACGGUUGCGGAGCUGUUUGGGUUUGUGAUCCCCUUGGGCAUCAUUGCCUGUUGCACGUGGAAGAUGAGGCAGUCCUUGCAGGACUGUCAAACACAGCUGCAAAACACCAGCGAGAAGCAGAAAGCUUUGCGAAUGCUCUUUAUGUGCGCCGCCGUGUUCUUCAUAUGCUUCACCCCGUACCAUAUCAACUUCCCCUUAUUUAUGAUGGUGAUAGAGAACGUCAUCAAAGACUGUGCCAUUCACAGGAGCACCCUCCGCUUUCACCCCAUCUCCCUCUGCCUCGCGAGCCUCAACUGCUGUCUGGAUCCCGUCCUCUACUACUUCAUGACAUCCGAGUUUCAAGAUCAAUUGCUGCGACACAGCUGCGCUGCCCUGAGGUCUCGGUUUGCACGCAAAGGGAGCAGCCUCUCUGCUAGGGACACCAGCAACGAUAUUCAUACGAAAAGGGGAAGUUUUCCACGUUUCAAAUUUUGGUCCCUUCCAAAGUUCUUUGGUCGAAUAAAUAGCAUGGAAAUUCCUCCGAUGCAACCAGAUGAGCUUUUGUUAGAGUCCAUCUCUUGAAAUACAAGGCAUUUCCCUCUUGGUAAGUGCUUGAAUGAAGAUUGCAUUAGGUCUCCAAAUACGCCUCGAAUUAUCUUUGUGUGCAAUAGGUGCAGGAGCGUGACACAGAAGGACAUUUGGCUGAAGACAUAUUUCACAGUUGCAUUGUUGCUAUUAGUGACUGUUUGACCUGCUGUGGUCUCUAUCAUUUAUUGUUAAAAUAUUUGAAACAGCCCUCACUAAAAUCAGUAUUUUUCCCAUGCUGAACUGCAGCCAGGUUUGGUUCCCUACAAUUCCUAUUGCUUCUGUGGAGUCCUGCAGGAAGGGGGAAUAUUUCUGAACCAGAAAAAAAGUGUACCUAUAUGUUUGUCAUUCUUGAAAAGCCUUUUGAACCCUGGCUUAUAGCCUGGCAGCUCUGCCCUCAACAGAGGUACCACCAGGAGGAAUUGCAGCGCUGCAGCUGCAUGCGCCCAAUUAAAAUUGCCCGUGCUGUGCUCUCGUUAGGCUCUAGGUCUGGACAAUUAAUUAUCUCCAUGUAAAACGAACCUCCUUCCACUGAAGACUCAACCUAGGCGAAACCACAGGACUGUAACAUUACCAGCAAAUACCAAGGCAGCAGCAUUAACCCAUAUCCACGUCAGCUAAGGGGAGUUUUCAGACACGCUGCGUUACCUCCGCUGAGUUGACUCUAUUGAAGAAAACCAGCUAGAUCCAAGCACGAGCGUCCUCGAGGCUGCUGCGAGCUAUGAGACGCCAAGUGGUUAUGGGGGAUGAAUACGUGAAGGACGCCUGUAACGGGACACGCCAAGGGCGAGGUGGGCAAGGGGACGCGGAGUCCUCCCCGCGGCACGCUUGCGCGCGGGAGCCGCCGCCGCGGAGCUCCCGUCCCCUGUUGUUACUGUGAGUCUUGUGUUACCUGGCACGUUGCUAAAGCCUCUGCUCAUAGAUUAAGAUGUUACACGAGCCUCUCGGUUUCGCCUUAAAGAGCAAAAGUGUUUCCAGCCAUUGCUGGUUACCAGAAGUUUACAGAGCUGAUCCAAGCGCCUCCUUAAGGCUUCAGACUCGGGAGGAAAUAAAAUCAUCCCAACACAUAUUUUGGCAUUGCAGAGAUUAUUUUAAGUGCGGUGACUUGCAAAUAACCUUCAUCCUCUCGGGGAGCUCCCACAGAUGCCGCAAAGGUGGAAAUCGCCUGUCGGGGCCCAGCCCUCGGGGCCCGGGGCAGAGCGCGGGAGACUCGGCGCAGUUCAACCU